UAAGAUCAGGUGCCAGAAGAUCUAUGCCUGGUAUGAUGGAUACCGUUCUGAACCUGGGUUUGAAUGAUGAAACCAUAAAAGGACUCAUAGAGCAGACAGGAAAUGAAAGAUUUGCAUAUGAUGCCUAUCGACGGCUCGUCAUGAUGUAUGCAGAUGUGGUUAUGGAAAAAGCAGCCGGUAUAGAGCCCAAGGGUGGAAAAGGUAUUAGAAGAGUCCUGGAAGACAUCCUUGAAGAUGUAAAACAUAAACAUGGGUAUCAGAUUGACACAGAAUUGACUGCUGAUGAUCUGAAACAUUUGGUUUCGGUUUUUAAGCGCAAAGUGAAAGAAACUUUGGGUCAGGCAUUUCCAGAAGACCCUAUUGAUCAGUUAUGGGGUGGAAUCGGUGCAGUAUUUGGUAGUUGGCAAGGAAAAAGAGCAGUGGAAUACCGACGUAUCGAAAAAAUUCCUGAUGAAUGGGGUACAGCUGUCAAUGUGCAGGCUAUGGUAUUUGGAAAUAUGGGUAGCAAUUGUGCUACCGGAGUUGCCUUUACCAGAAAUCCAGGCACAGGUGAUGAUCAUUUUUACGGAGAAUUUUUGAUCAAUGCACAAGGCGAAGACGUCGUGGCAGGUACUGAAACAGAUGCAGAUGGAAACUACUUCUUAUCUGAUGUUCAACCGGGCACUUAUGAUAUGGAGGCAAGCUAUGUGGGUUAUACUACUCAAAGGCAGACUGGUAUCAUUAUAAAAGCAGGGCGUACCAACAGAGUCAAUUUUGUACUUACUGAUGAUGCCAAUAUACUUGACCUGGGUAUUGAGAUCAAAGUGUACAAAAUACCACUGAUAGAAAUAGAUAAUACAACACAGGGUACCACAGUCACUGCUGAAAAAAUCAGGGCACUACCGACCAAGCAGAUAAAUGCAAUAGCAGCAACAUCUGCUGGUCUUUCUUCCCGGGAUGGCGGAGACAUAUCGAUAAGAGGUUCACGCUCCAAUGAAACAGUCUAUUUUUUGGAUGGAGUGAGAGUCACAGGCAACCUGAUCCCUCAGUCCGAAAUUGAACAAUUACAAGUAGUGAUAGGAGGUAUUGAGGCUAGGUACGGAGAUGUGACAGGCGGCGUUAUUUCACUGACAUCAAGAGGCCCUUCCAGCACAGUGACUGGAUCUCUUGAGAUGGAGAAGUCAUUUGAUGGCUACGGGUACAACCUAUUGAGCGGUUUUAGAGAAGACAUAGGCGAAUUCGCCCUCCAUCCUGACAUCAAUCCCAUCCUCGGUUCUUAUAAUGCUAUUGCAGGUGUCAAUGUCAACGGGCUGUUGAACCAGAAUAUCAAUACAGCCUGGAAUAAUCUUUAUGCAAAUGUGGGGCAAGAUAAGUUUUCUUAUAAAGACAUCAUUUUCAGAUUGGGUAUGAGGGUAGAUUAUUUUGAUGCCAAUACAAAGGUGUUGAGAGACCCGUAUGCACUUUAUGAAAUUGAGUCUGCCAAGGAUUAUUAUGCCAGAAUUGGUCAGGCGAAACCUACUUCAGUGGGAGAUGAUUAU